GAGGCGGGAAGGCAGGUGCUUGAACUGGGAUUUAAUUUCUCAUCCUGUGGAUCACUGAAUGAGUAACAGAUGGCCUUGCCUCGUCUUACAGGCGCUUUACGCUCCUUUUCAAAUGUCACUAAACAUGAGGAUUACAGUGAAGAAUUAGCUGACUUAACGACUAAAAGAUCAAAACUACACGAACAGUUGCUGAAGUCUGAUCUUACUUGGAAGAAGAUAAUAAAGUUUGUUGAUGACAAUUUGGACAAAAAAGAACACCAAACUGUAAAUGGUGAUUUAAAAACAAUAUUACAAGCUGCAAAACAAAUUGUUGGAGCUGAAAAUGGACAAGAAGCAAUUGAAAGCGGAGCUGUGUUUCUCUUUAAGACAUUUCACAGGAAAGAAUGUGUUGGUCAUGAUGAGACAAAGGCGAUCAAGCAGAUGUUUGGGCCAUUUCCAUCAUCAUCUGCUACUGCAGCUUGUAAUGCCACAUGUCGGAUUGCUUCUCACUUCACUGAAGAACAGCUUACAGCCCUCAUACAGAUGGCUGAAGAGCAAAAUGGUGAUAACAGAGUGUUGUUUGGUAAAAAUAUAGUGUUUUCAUUUGACAUGCAUGAUUUGGAUCACUCUGAGGAGCUGCCUGUGAAUGGCGAGGCUGACGCACAGAAAAUUAUAAGCUUAGAUUAUAACAAAUUUCUGAAUAACCAGCUGAAUCACUUACAGAAUUACUGUGAUGAGAAAUCUGAUCUCAAGUCUUUGGAAAAAGUAGAUGAUUCUUUUCUAUGGUGUGAAGUUGGAAAGUAUCUGAAUGAAUCUCAAGGGGGUACCCCUGGAGGGCCAACAACAGAAGACCUCUGCUGUACUUUGUACGAGAUGCUUGCUUCUACCAAAAGUGGCGAUGAACUUCAAAAUGAGUUAUUUGAACUGCUAGGCCCUGAAGGUUUUGAACUCAUAGAGAAGCUCCUACAGAACAGAUCUCUGAUUCUGGAAAGAUCUUUGACUUGUCCAAAUGAUAACAGGUUCCAGACUCUGCAAGAACAGUGCAAGAAGUUUAUAGGAGAAAAUGCUAAGCCCAAUUAUGGUUGUCAAGUUACAAUUCAGUCUGAACAAGAAAAGCUGUUAAUGAAGCAAUAUCGUCGGGAAGAAAAGCGAAAUGCCAGAAAAGAAAAACAAGCUGGGGAAGAUGGAGAAGUUUCUGGAGAAGGACUGAUGUGCUUUGAUCCCAAAGAGCUGCGGAUGCAAAGAGAGCUAGCACUUUUGAAUGCUCGAAGUAUGCCGGUCCUAGGUAGACAGAGAGAAAUGGACUUCGAAAAAAUUCAUUAUCCGCAUGUUUAUGAUUCCCGAGCUGAAGCUAUGAAAACAUCAGCAUUCAUUGGGGGUGCAAAGGUGUUCUUACCAGAGGCAGUUCAGAGAAACAAUAAAAUGUAUGAAGAGGUAAAGAUCCCCCAUAGUGAACCAAUGCCUAUUGGUAUUGAAGAGAAAAUUGUUUAUAUUAAAGACUUAGAUGAGAUUGGACAGCUUGCUUUUAAAGGCAUGAAAAGGCUAAACCGCAUCCAGUCUAUAGUUUUCGAGACUGCCUACAACACAAAUGAGAACAUGCUAAUCUGUGCCCCAACUGGAGCUGGGAAGACCAACAUUGCCAUGCUGACAGUCCUUCAUGAAAUUCGCCAGCAUGUCCAGCAUGGUGUUAUCAAAAAGGAUGAGUUUAAGAUUGUGUAUGUUGCUCCUAUGAAGGCUUUGGCAGCUGAAAUGACAAAUUACUUCAGCAAGCGUCUGGAACCACUAGGCAUUACUGUGAAAGAGUUGACUGGUGAUAUGCAACUGUCAAAAGGUGAAAUUCUGCGAACACAGAUGCUUGUGACUACUCCGGAGAAAUGGGAUGUAGUGACAAGAAAAAGUGUUGGUGAUGUAGCCCUCUCUCAGCUGGUAAAACUCUUGAUUCUCGAUGAAGUUCAUCUGUUGCAUGAAGACAGAGGACCAGUACUUGAAAGUAUAGUAGCACGUACUUUACGUCAGGUUGAAUCUACACAAAGUAUGAUUAGGAUUUUGGGCCUUUCAGCUACAUUACCCAAUUAUCUUGAUGUUGCUACAUUUCUACAUGUCAAUCCCUGCAUUGGACUAUUCUACUUCGAUGGCCGUUUCCGACCGGUACCGCUGGGGCAAACCUUUAUAGGAAUUAAGACAACCAAUAAGGUGCAGCAGCUGAAUCAUAUGGAUGAAGUAUGUUAUGAAAAUGUGCUGAAAAAUAAUGGCGCUGGACCAUCAUAAAGAUUUCACGAGGUGAUGGUGUUUGUUCAUGCUAGAAAUGCCACAGUACGAACUGCUAUGGCUCUUCGAGAAAAAGCAAAAAACAAUGGUCAUAUUUGUCACUUUCUGUCACCCCAAGGAUCGGAUUAUGGACAAGCUGAAAAACAGGUACAGAGAUCCAGAAAUAAGCAGUUACGUGAGCUGUUUCCAGAUGGAUUUAGUAUUCAUCAUGCAGGAAUGCUGCGGCAAGACAGAAGCUUGGUUGAGAACUUGUUUUCUAACGGACAUAUCAAAGUCCUAGUUUGUACAGCUACGCUUGCCUGGGGUGUCAAUCUUCCUGCUCAUGCUGUUGUUAUUAAGGGAACACAAAUAUAUGCUGCAAAAAGAGGCUCCUUUGUUGACCUUGGAAUUUUAGAUGUCAUGCAGAUAUUUGGUCGAGCUGGACGGCCUCAGUUUGACAAAUUCGGAGAAGGUGUCAUUAUUACAACUCAUGAUAAACUCAGUCAUUACCUGACUCUUCUUACUCAGCAGAAUCCAAUUGAAAGCCAGUUUCUUGAAAGCCUUGCAGACAACCUAAAUGCAGAGAUUGCUCUUGGAACAGUAACUAAUGUGGAAGAAGCAGUAAAGUGGAUAAGUUACACUUAUCUUUAUGUACGGAUGAGAGCAAAUCCAUUAGUAUACGGCAUCAGUCACAAAGCUUAUCAGAUGGAUCCAGGUCUAGAAAAGCACAGAGAACAAUUAGUAAUUGAAGUCGGCAGAAAACUGGACAAAGCCCGCAUGAUUCGCUUUGAAGAACGAACUGGCUUUUUUUCUUCAACAGAUUUAGGCAGAACUGCCAGCCACUACUAUAUUAAAUACAAUACUAUAGAGACUUUCAAUGAAUUGUUUGAUGCUCAUAAAACAGAAGGCGAUAUUCUUGCUAUAGUAUCAAAAGCUGAAGAAUUCGAACAGAUAAAGGUAAGAGAAGAAGAAAUAGAAGAGCUGGAUACCUUACUGAAUGAUUUCUGUGAACUUCCUGCUCCAGGAGGUGUGGAAAACAAUUAUGGAAAAAUUAAUAUCCUCCUUCAAACAUAUAUUAGCAGAGGGGAGAUGGACAGCUUCUCCCUUAUUUCAGAUUCUGCGUAUGUUGCACAGAAUGCAGCUCGUAUUGUUCGAGCUCUUUUUGAGAUUGCCCUUAGGAAACGUUGGCCUGCAAUGACAUAUCGACUACUGAAUCUCAGCAAAGUCAUUGACAAGCGGCUGUGGGGCUGGGUUAGCCCUUUGAGACAGUUCUCAGUGUUACCACCAUCAGUCCUCUCAAAGUUGGAAGAGAAGAAUCUCACUAUAGACAAGAUGAAGGACAUGAGAAAAGAUGAAAUAGGUCAUAUGCUGCAUCAUGUGAAGAUUGGGUUAAAGGUAAAACAGUGUGUCCAUCAAAUCCCCUCCAUCAUAAUGGAAGCAACGAUUCAGCCAAUUACCCGCACAGUGCUCCGAGUUCGGCUGAACAUCGCUCCUGACUUCACGUGGAACGAUCAGGUACACGGCACUGUUGGAGAGCCCUGGUGGAUUUGGGUAGAAGACCCUACUAAUGAUCACAUUUAUCAUUCAGAGUACUUCAUCAUUCAAAAAAAACAGGUCAUUACUAAAGAACCUCAACUGCUGGUGUUCACAAUCCCAAUUUUUGAACCUCUUCCUUCUCAAUAUUACAUUCGAGCUGUGUCCGAUAGAUGGUUAGGAGCAGAGGCUGUAUGUAUCAUAAAUUUUCAACAUUUGAUUCUUCCAGAGAGACAUCCACCCCACACAGAGCUUCUGGAUCUUCAGCCUUUGCCUGUCACAGCCUUGGGACAUCGGGAAUAUGAACUCCUGUACAAAUUCACACACUUCAACCCUAUCCAGACCCAGAUAUUUCAUACACUUUAUCACACAGACUGUAAUGUUCUUCUUGGAGCGCCUACAGGUUCUGGAAAAACUGUUGCAGCUGAAUUAGCCAUCUUUAGAGUUUUUAACAAGUAUCCCACAUCAAAGGCAGUGUAUAUUGCGCCCUUAAAAGCACUCGUUCGUGAAAGAAUUGAGGACUGGAAAGUUAGGAUUGAAGAAAAACUUGGUAAAAAGGUUGUAGAGUUGACAGGAGAUGUGACCCCUGAUAUGAGAGCUAUUGCCCAAGCUGACCUGAUUGUUACUACCCCAGAGAAGUGGGAUGGUGUCAGCAGAAGCUGGCAGAACAGAAGCUAUGUUCAGAAAGUUUCCAUUCUUAUCAUAGAUGAGAUCCAUCUGCUAGGGGAUGACAGAGGCCCAGUAUUGGAAGUCAUUGUAUCUCGAACAAACUUCAUCUCAUCUCACACAGAGAAGCCUGUGAGAGUAGUUGGUUUAUCCACUGCUUUAGCAAAUGCCAGAGACCUUGCUGACUGGCUAAAUAUUAAUCAGAUGGGUCUGUUCAACUUCCGACCAUCAGUACGCCCGGUUCCUCUGGAGGUGCACAUUCAGGGCUUCCCUGGCCAGCAUUACUGUCCUCGCAUGGCUAGCAUGAACAAACCUGCAUUUCAGGCAAUUCGGAGUCAUUCUCCAGCCAAGCCUGUUCUUAUUUUUGUGUCAUCCAGACGUCAGACAAGGCUUACUGCCUUAGAUCUGAUAGCUUUCCUAGCCACCGAGGAUGAUCCCAAACAGUGGCUGAAGAUGGAUGAAAGAGAGAUGAAUGACAUUAUAGUGACAGUUAGAGAUUCAAAUCUGAAGCUGACACUUGCUUUUGGAAUAGGCAUGCACCAUGCGGGUCUGCAUGAGAGAGACAGGAAAACUGUGGAAGAAUUGUUUGUGAACUGCAAAAUCCAGGUUCUUAUUGCCACAAGCACAUUAGCUUGGGGUGUAAAUUUUCCAGCUCAUUUAGUAAUUGUUAAAGGAACAGAAUUCUAUGAUGGAAAAACAAGGCGUUACGUGGAUUAUCCCAUUACAGAUGUACUUCAGAUGAUGGGACGUGCUGGCAGACCACAAUUUGAUGACCAAGGAAAAGCUGUAAUUCUAGUUCAUGAUAUUAAGAAAGACUUCUACAAAAAAUUCCUUUAUGAACCUUUCCCAGUGGAAUCAAGCUUGUUAGAAGUGCUGGCUGACCACUUGAAUGCUGAAAUUGCUGCUGGAACUAUUACUUCUAAGCAGGAUGCAAUGGAUUAUAUCACCUGGACUUACUUCUUCCGUCGACUAAUAAUGAACCCAACUUACUAUAACUUGGAUGAUGUGAGCCAUGACACUAUGAAUAAGUACCUCUCAAGCCUUGUUGAGAAAUCCCUCUUUGAUUUGGAAUGCUCCUUCUGUAUUGAAAUUGGGGAGGAUAAUCGCAGCAUUGAACCUCUGACAUAUGGCCGCAUUGCUUCCUAUUACUACUUGAAGCAUCCAACUAUUGGGAUGUUCAAAGAUCAGUUAAAACCUGAAAGCAACAUUGAAGAAUUGCUCUUAAUUCUGACAAAUGCUGAGGAGUACACAGAUCUGCCUGUGAGACACAAUGAAGACCAGAUGAACAGUGAACUGGCAAAACACCUUCCAAUUGAAGUCAAUCCCCAUUCAUUUGACAGUUCACACACAAAAACACACCUCCUGCUGCAAGCCCACUUCAGUCAUGCCAUGCUGCCUUGUCCAGAUUAUGCAACUGACACAAAGACAGUGCUGGACCAAGCAAUUAGAAUAUGUCAGGCAAUGCUGGACGUUGCAGCACAUCAUGGCUGGCUGGUGACUGCUCUGAAUAUAACCAAUCUGGUGCAGAUGGUGGUUCAGGGUAGAUGGAUACACGACUCCUCCCUGCUUACUUUGCCCAAUAUAGAGCUACAACACCUUUACCUUUUUCGGAAGUGGAGCCAAGGCAAAAGGAAGAGUGUGCAUGGAGGUUACCAAGGACCUAUCGAGUGUCUUCCCGAACUAAUGGCUGCCUGCGAAGGAAAAGAGAAUGUUUUUGCUUCCAUUGUGGACAGUGAAUUGCAAACAGCACACAUUUCACAGGCUUGGAAUUUCUUGUCCCGUUUGCCAAUUCUAAACGUCAGCCUGAGCAUUAAGGGCUGUCGGGACGACCCAGCUCAGCCACAGAACGAAGUGCCUGUUCCUUCUUUGACAACAGACACGCGAGACGACAAAAGAUGGAUCAAAUUACAUGCUGAUCAAGAGUAUGUGCUCCAAAUAAAUCUGCAGAGAACCCAGAUGGGGUAUCAGGGAAAGCAAGACAGUAAAGCAGUGGCUCCUCGAUUCCCCAAAGUUAAAGAUGAAGGAUGGUUUUUGAUAUUGGGAGAAGUUGAUAAAAAAGAACUCAUCGCCCUGAAGAGAACUGGAUACGUCAGAAAUCGAAAUACUGUUUCUGUUGCUUUUUAUACUCCAGAAACUCCUGGGAAGUGUAUCUACACAUUGUAUCUCAUGAGCGACAGUUACCUUGGCAUGGACCAACAGUACGAUAUUUACCUGAACAUUGUACCAGCUAGUACUUCGGCACAAGUCCCAACAGAGGUGUCCGAUGCUAUGAGUCACCUGGCUCUGAAGUAAGGCGAUUGGAAAAGUCCGUUUAAAAGAACCGGUCUUGCAGCUAAGACAUCUGGUCGUUCUGGACAUCCAAAAAUGCGUUUGCCUUAGCGGAACCAACUUCAAACCUCAAGACAACUAGGAAAUUGAAAGUGACUACUGUAUUGACUCUGGUAACACAGAGUUAGCCGCAGUGGCCUUACUCCUUUAUGAAGAUUUGUCUUUUCUUGUUUCAUUUUUCGUCUUUCAGAAGUCAUAUUGUUAAUUGAAUUUCGACACAUCAAAAUUAAAGACUAAAAGAUAUUGUAAUUUGUGCAAAUUUAGGGCUAUAGUCCUCACUUUGAAAAGUGUUCUGUAGCCUGUGUAUUACUGUAGUUUAAAUAGUCAACUUUUUUAAUUUAUAGGGAAAAAAUACAAAAUUUGAUCUAAGAACUGCUGAAAAUAUUGAUGGAUGUGUUAUAUUUCCUGUUUAAUAAAAAUAAGUC